AUGAAAAGUACAAACCGGGAUCCCACCACGUUUUCCGAGUCUGAACUUGAAUCUGAACCUGAUCCAAAUUUCAGUCCCAAUCCCAAUUUCAAUCCCAAUCCCAAUCCCAAUCCCAAUCCCAAUCCAAAUCCCAAGCUUGCCACCACAAAUCUCGAACCAAAUUUAGCUCCUUCUUCAUCUGACCUACCUUCAACUUCUCAGAUCUCAACACCUUCACGACAGCAAGCUAUUCUCAACCGUGAAGAUAUCGAAUUAUUAGCAAUGAGCAAGUCAGUAGACAAGUCAGAGUAUACUAAAAUACCAGACCCAGUGGUGGAUGUGCAUCAUACUGAUUCAAGUUCAAUAUCCUCUCAUGAUGCUGUCUUGAAUGACCACGAUGAAGGCGAACAAACUUUGCCCUAUUUGCUACCUCAGAAACCCCGCCAUCCAUCUUCGCAUCUUCAAGACUUGGAAGAGAUCCCACAGGGGCGUCAUUUGGGGUUGUUUUCUACCAUAAUUUUGUUCAUCAGUCGCAUUUUAGGGAGUGGUAUAUUUAGUAUUACCAGUGGCAUAUACAUUGAUUGUGGACAAAGUCCUUUUUAUUUUUUUAUGGCGUGGCUUUUAGCUUGCAUUGCAUCAUUUGGUGGACUUUAUGUGUUCCUUGAGAUGGGAUCAUUGGUGCCCAGGUCCGGUGGCGCCAAGGUUUUUCUUGAGUUUAUAUAUACCAAGCCCACCUUGUUGGCCACUGUGGCGUUUCUGAUUUAUUCAGUGAUGUUUGGUUUCACAAUAAGUAAUGUGCUUGUAUUUGGUGAGUACUUUAUCCAUGCAUUGGGCAUUACUGUAACUCCGUGGAGAUUAAGGCUUUCGGGGUUGUUAUUCUUGUAUGGUGCUGCAUUGAUCCAUGGAUUAAGUGUCAGCCAUGGUGUUAGGGUACAGAAUUUUCUUGGCGGUUUGAAAUUAAUUCUUGUGGGAAUAAUGGUGGUUUCAGGAAUAUAUGUCAUGGUUUUCCCGCAAAGCUUAACUGGGAUUGAAAGCCACUUGCGCUUUGACCACACUUUUUUUGAGACCAAACCUGAUGCAUCAAUCAAUAUCUCCUCGUUUUCUAGUGCCGUGAUCAAGGCAAGUUUUGCAUUUCUGGGCUGGAAUUCUGUCCACACUGUAUCAAAUGAGAUUAAAAACCCUACUCAAACCUUUAAGAUUGCUGGACCUGUGUCUUUGGCGAUCAUGGCUGUGACCUAUCUCAUAAUUAACAUUGCAUAUCUUAUGGUCAUUCCCAGCGCCGAGAUUGUCAAUAGCUCUACACUAGUUGGGUCUAUCCUUUUCGAAAAAAUCUUUGGUCAAAACCUUGGUCGUCAUUUCCUUACAUUCUCCAUUGCGCUUUGCGCUGGAGGCAAUAUUUUUGUUGUUAUCUACACUAUUUCUCGUGUGGACCAGGAAGUGUUUCGUGAAGGGUAUCUUCCAUUUUCCAAGUUUAUGUCCUCGAAUUGGCCUCUUGGUGCACCGUUCAGAACACUCAUCCUUAGUUGUUGCAUAACCACCGUGUUAAUUUGUGGAUUCCCCAAAGGUGACGUGUACAGCUACAUGGUGUCUCUUGAAGGCUAUCCGCAACAGAUUGCCAUUGCAUUGAUUGCAGUUGGAAUAUUCAUUAUCCGCAAACGGUAUCCUGACUUGCAUGCGCCCAUAAGAGCAGGAUACGUUGGUACUAUAUCUGUGUUAUUAAUCAGCAUCUAUCUUACUUUGGGACCCUUUAUUUCUAAUAAAUCUCCCAACCCUCAGGGUUUGGAGUCAUGGCCCAACUAUGGACUAGUUGGCCUUUUCUGUGUACUAUUGUGCAUUGCUUAUUGGUUUGUUAUGUUUCGCGCAUUACCGUACUGGGGCAAUUAUGAAUUGAUUGCCGAAGAGGUCAAGUUGAGUGACGGGUUGACUAUUAAGCAAUGGGUCAAGGUUCGAAACUACUCGGCUUUAACAUGA